UCCUGCGGUCGGGGGUGGUUCGGAGCUGUAGGCUGCUCCGUGGCGGCGGAAGGGGAGGUCCGCGGCGGCAGCGUUGUCUUCGCGCCUCCGAUUUUUGUAUCAGAAAGAGUGUGGCCAGCAGAGGCGGGGAAAUGAUUGUCUCCCUGUACUCAGCCCUGGUGAAGCCGCUUCGCUAAUGUCGCUUUCAGUUUUGAGCCCCGCAUUACUAGGAUGUAUGGGUGCUGGAAAGUGUUCAAAGAAGGGCGACAAAGCUGUCUUCCUCAGUCACCCAGAGAAAACUCUGCCUGCCCCUAAGAGCACUGCCGCGUUGCAAGCCAACCUGAUGGCGUCCGCUACUGCUGUGCCUGUAGGAUUUCACUAUGAAACCAAGUAUGUAGUGCUCAGCUACCUGGGACUGCUAUCACAAGAGAAGCCACAGGAGCAUCCUCCUCCUUCAGCUCCAGAGACUUCCCAACAGCCUGUGGCACAGCAUCCUUUGGAAAAAGAGGCUCUGGAGAAGAUUAAAACAGAAAUCGAGCAGGAGCUAAAACAUCUCGAUGAAGAAAUCUUGGAAGCAUUUACCACUACAGGAUUUGACUGCCACACUUCCCCAGUGUUCAGUCCUGCCAAUCCAGAGAGCUCAAUAGAAGACUGCCUGGCUCAUUUAGGGGAGAAAGUGUCCCAGGAAUUGAAAGAACAUCUGCACAAAGCACUGCAGAGUUUGCUUAGCAAGCCAGUGACGUACCAGGAGUUUCGGGAGCGCACACAAGAAGCAGCUGCUCAUGCCACUGGAUGGAACAAGGUCUUGGUACCCCUGGUUCUGCUACAACAGUUUCUGAUGGAGUUAACCAGACGGGGCCAGGAGCCACUGAGCGCACUUGUGAACUUUGGGGUGACAUACCUAGAAGACUACUCUGCAGACUACAUCAUCCAACAAGGAGGAUGGGGGACAGUCUUUACUUUGGAAUCUGAAGAGGAAGAGUACCCUGGACUUAUUGCAGAGGACAGUAAUGACAUCUACAUCCUGACCAGUGACAACUCAGGACAGGUGAGCCCCCCAGAGUCCCCCACGGUGACCACGUCGUGGCAGUCAGAGAGCCUGCCUGUCUCCCUGUCAGCAAGUCAGAGCUGGCACACAGAGAGCCUGCCAGUCUCCCUGGGACCCGAGUCCUGGCAGCAAGUGGCCAUGGAUCCCGAAGAGGUCAAAAGCCUGGACAGCAAUGGAGGGGCAGAAGAAAGGAGUGAGAACAACUCUUCCAACUCCGAUAUUGUUCAUGUGGAGAAGGAAGAGAUACCAGAGGGGAUCGAGGAAGCAGUGGUGUCCACCGUGGCUGCAGAGACCGUGCAGGCAGCCUUUCCAGAACCCCCAACUGCUCUGCGGGAAGGAAAAGGUCCAGCUGAAACUGCUGGCAAAGCGCAGCCCUCGGCACCGCCGCCUGCCAGAAAGCAGGAGAAGGGAAAAGUGGCCGAAGAGCUCCUUCAGCCUGCAAUCCCCGCAGUAAGUAAACCUGCCCCAAAGCUGGCCCUGCCGGAAGAAAAGGCUGCACCAGAGCCGGAGAAAAUACUGCUCCUAGGGGAAAAAAAAGCGGGGCGAGAGGGCCGCUUAGAGGAGAUGGAAGAGAAGUCCCCCGCGGCGGAGGAGAAGCCGAUCCUGCUGGCGGAGGGGAAGUCCAUCCUGCUGUACGGCGGCGCUGCCGCCGUGGCCAUCCUGGCUGUAGCGGUCGGAGUAGCGCUGGCGCUCAGGAAAAAGUAACAGAGCUCUCUGGGGAGGAGGAGGGGGGAGAGGAGAGAGAGCACAACCCGACUUUUGUAGCUGUGUUACCUAAAGGUUGAGCUGCCUGCUGUUUAAUUGGACAUUGGAGUAGCCUGACGGUGGUGGGGUGAAGCUGUUCACUAAGCCUCCAGCUACGGACAAUCAGGUUUUCAGUAGACUUGGGGCAGGGACUGGUUUUUCGUGAUUCAAGGGCAGGGGAGUUUUGAAAAACAAAAUCUGCAUAUUUAAGAACUCAAGUGCAGGUGCUGAAGAAAGGGGUGCUCAUACUCUAGAAACUGGAACAGAGAAUCCCCAGGGGAAGGGGAGAGCCAGCUGCUGCCAGCCCCUGGAGCUUUCGGCUUCCCAGCCUGAGUGCUAUCACAGCUGUGCUGUCUUGUCACUUCCCUCAGCCCUCCCUAACCAACAUUAGCCAACCUGAGUCGUGUAGCGAGAGGCUGGGCUCCCUGUUGUCUCUGCUUCCUCUCAGGUACAGCACUGCUCCUCGUAACCUUGCAGGUUCCUCCUAAGCCCCCCGUGGAGAGUGCUUAUUCUUACCUCUUUGCUCACACUGGUUCUGGCCCCUAACAUUUACUUGAGCCCCAUCCUGUAAAGAUGCUGCCUCUCUAUAGCUGUAUUAUCCCUGAGCAUCCUGGUAUUCCUGGGGGAGAGGUGCAGGACAGCGCUUUGGCUGCCCAUGAGAGUGGGAGAGCCGCUGCUACUUGCUCGUUUGAGAAUCCAUUUGCUCUGCUCCUGCCUGGCCCACUUCACUGCCAUCCUUGAGUUACCAGAGGUGCAGAAUUCAUGCUGGACACAGCACUGUUCUGAGCAGGACUCUGAUGCCAGGGGUGUAGUCGGCAAAGAUCUGGCUGAACGGCAUGGGAAGUGAGGCCAGCGCCUCCUGCGCAGUUCCAGGGUUCAGUGCUGUGCUGUCUUGUGUCACCCUGCAGUCGUAUUGUCUUUGCCAGGUUAAGCACAGAGUGUGUUUAGUCCUAACCUAGUCUUGGCUGUGACAAAAAUCCCAGAUCCAUAAAGCAAUGGAUUCAAGUAACUGAGCAAAACAGCAUUAAACAUCUCCUCCAUCUGCCUGUUCCUGCCCUGCCCUGGAGCGUUCAGUGCAAUUCCUUCUGUGACGCUGAAUUGGUCAGCAGCUAAAUUUAGAGGUUCAUAAAUGCUGAGAAGUUACUUUGGCAAAAAGCAAAUCCCUGUUCUCACAGCCACAGUGCUGCAAACGUGUGUGGAGAGAAACCUUUGAAGUCUCCUUGCACACAUCAGCUGUGUGGGAGCCACCCACGAGCGCUCCUCCUUCUGUGUUCUCUCUCUGUCCUUGUCCCUGCUGCUGCUCUCUGGGCAAGACCUGUGGGCUUUCCAGGCACAACUGCUCUGCGAGGUUGUUCUGGCACCUUGGCUUAGACCUGAGGAAGGCAGGUGAAUGAGAACUUGGGAUCAUGUAAAGAUGGACCUGGGAAGCUUACUCUUCAUAAAGCACAAAGACCAAGGUACUUUAUCGCUAGAGAACCUCAUCCAGAGUACCUCUCCUAAGGAGCCUUUUUCUUAAGUGAGCUGAGAAGGAAGAGACACUCAACAUACUCUUUAUUUUAGGCUAUUCUUGCUCCAUUCUCCUGUCCCACCCAUAGCCCAGGAUGCUGGGAAACCAGUCAGGACCUGGCUGAUUGAAGCUCUUUUUUUGUUUAAGCCUUUGUAAGAGUGGAUUUUUUAGAGAACUUCUUGGAAUUUAGGCUAUGUGUGGGGGGUUAAGCAUUAAGAGAAGGAAUUGUUCUGUGCGUGGCUGAACUCAGGCGCUCUGGACUUGGCUGUUGAUCGCUGAUUGCUUUUUCCAUGAACAAAAAGCAGCAGGUUGGCCUCAACAGAAGCUCUCCACCAUGUUGCAAAAUGGAAGUGACUUUUUCUGCCAGCUCUUGGGUGUCCCACUGGUACUCCCUUUGCUGUGCUGUGCGGCCCAGAACUCUGGGACCUCCUCACACUGUGGACUUUUUGGUCUCUGCCUUCCCACCACUGCAGUUCUGGACCCUCAUAGGAGCUUCCAUCACGUGGAGAGGAGAGGUGUCCAUACUCCUCUUGUCACAGUCAGGCACAGAUGUUUACAGUUGUGCUUCAUUUCAGGUGUUGUCCCAGGAGAGGGUACCCAGCUGUUCCCCUGGGGCAAGGGCUGCUUUACUGCCCAGUCAGUCAGCACAGGCCUGCCUCUCACCACUUCGUUGGUGACUUCAGGUGUGAGCUGUGGGGUAGAAGGGCUGCUCUUAACCUGACCUCCAUCCUCUCCUUGCUGCUGCCACACCUACAUCUGGGACAAGCCCCAUCUGUAGCCACACAGUGAGCUACACAGCAGUACCCAUGUGCACUCCAAAGCAGAGAUGGCCUUUCUCUGGGUAACCUGUGCACAAACCAGGGCCAAGGCUGUUGUUAUUUUAGCUCUUCUCUGUACAUGGUUGGGUGUGGGAGAUGGACACUGGACAGAAGAAACUAAUUGCAUGCUGUCUUGGGAAGAAGUUCCUAGCUUCUUGCACCAGGGGCCCAGUGGAUAAAAGGUAUCUUGUGUCACACGCAGCAAUGAGAAGGUGGCAGCAGUAGGAAGGAAAAGCAGUGACUUCCUGUGAAGCAGUUUUUGGUGGGGCAAAACUCCAAGUAUCUCGUGUCUUGAUUGAACAGAGCAACAGCUUGGACCCUGGGUUUUGCUUGCUUGGUCCUUUAUUUGUAUCCUCUUCAGGGUAGGGUCUUGCAGAGUUGACAAGUCAGCAGGAAUGCAUAACCCUCUUCGCUGCCCCACUGCUAGCGUUUGGAAAGCUGAGUGGAUGCAGUGCUUUCCCCUGCUCCAUGGCCUCUAUUAGCUUAUGGACUUGAACUCUACUGCAGUUGGAGUCCUGUAGUCAGAGCUGGGAUAGGCCCUGUGGCAGUCACCAGGUGGGCAAGCUCAGGUUGGCAGUGUUCUUACAGACUUGAGUGCCAGGCUGCUUACUGUAGGUGUGAACUAGAAAAGGGAAGGGUUUGGGUUUUUUUCCUCCUCCCUAUCUUCAAGUGUAUGAAAAUAAUCCUGAACUGCAGGGUCUAAUUACUCUGAACCAUGUGGUGCAGCCUCUCUUCAGUGGCUUUCUUGCAGCUGGAAGAGGAUUGGCAGCAGCUAUAUAGUUACAAAAGGGCAUAUAGAGUUACUCUCACUUGUGUUGCUUAUCCCCUUCCCAAAAGUGCCUGAAUAUCUGUCCUCCAGUGGCCUGUACCUUAAAAAAUAUCUACCUUAGAUCCACUCUUUCUUCACUUUACCCAUGUCUGCAGCACACCCUAAAGCUGAGAUGCUAAAACAGCAGAAGACUGGAUGUUGAAGUGUUAAAUCCUUAAGGAACUGCAGUGGGUGCCAUGCUAAAUAAGGAGUUGUAAAGGAAAAGGCUUUCAACUUAAACACAACUGAAAUUUAAGCUGUGCUCACUUGGGUGUUGUGGCUGAGAGUAGGCCAAAGGCUUUCUUCAGCCAGCAUUCCCAGAGAGCAAAAGCUGAGGCUCACAAUCCCUCUGCUGCAUACACAGGGCCAAGUCCCUGCCUGUUGCAGCCAUAUGCUUUGGGAGAGCCUCAUGGACUCCAGCCUCCCAAGACCCUUAAACUUCAGAAGAUCCAGGCUGCGGGGCUGUAGUUGGCACAGGAGUGCCAAGCUGCUUGGCUAGGACAAAACAGGAAAAUUACUGGGCAGAGCAGCGAGGCAGCCUGAAAAGCUGAGUGCUGGUUCUUGGUGGGCUAGGUGGAUGCUGAGUAGGGGUUCUCAGGGUGAUAGAUACUGUUGAAAGACACUGAAAAUUACAGAGAUCUAAAAUAGUAGCUCUGGGCCAAGUGAGCUAGGGCCGAGAAAGCAACACUUCUGCAGCCUUUUGUCCAUUCAGCAGUGAAUCAUUGAGCAGCUGCCUGCUCCAGGUACUCACCAGUCUGAAGAGAAGCUGCUGACACAGAGCCAGAGGAUGAAGUGGCUCUUUGGUAUAACCUGGUCUCCGUUUAGUGUCACCUGGUUUUGGACACCAGUCUAACUUCUGGCUGGAGGUGAAGUACCUGUUGUGCUGGUCGCAGGUGGUGGUUUCUUUCCUAGACUGCUUUCUGGAGAGUAAGUGACAGGAAUCCAACCUUGCUGUUUGUGAGGGCUUGACUUUUUUUUCACCCUGGCUGGGAGGGUGGUGCUAAGGCAUCUGCAGCUCAAAGGCCAGGCAAGAGCUGUAGUGCUGAGUGCUCUCACACAGGGCAAGUUCUGUUGCCAGAAUCCUGUUAGCUUCCUUUUCACAAAGCUCUGGUCACAGCUAACACUUCAGUCUGUGUUUUUAAACUAAGCAAUGCUUUCUCACAGAUCACAGAUGAACAAUUUUGUUAGUCCUCAACAAGCAAGACUCUGAAGUUUGGUUCUUUUCAAAGAUUGUAGUUGACAAAAAUCUGAGGUCAUAAACCUUCCCUCUGUGAAUUUCAGCUACAGCAGUGUGGCAGCACUGGCAAAGCCUAGGAAGGUAAAGAGCAAACAGCUAGAAGCAGUCUCUGGUUCACUGAACCAGAGCACAUUCAGGCUGCAGAUGCUGAAUGUAACUGCUAGAUGCUUUUCCUGUGAAAUGGGGGUGGGUGGAGCAGUGAACAGCCCCAGCAGCAGCAGCCACAUACAAUGGGAGCAGUGUCUACUCCAGGUUACACAACAGAAGCAAGUCUUUCCUGGUGAGACACAUCACCUCCUGAAGGCAGAAGCUGUGCAUGACUUUCAUUUGGUUUGAUCUGCUUAAUUUCAGCACUAGGAAGGUUACAGAGCAGUAAUGCUUUGACUCUAUGUAUCUGUGCUUCGAAGUGCAGGCUCUGCCUUGCCCCUCAAAACCCACAGGAGUGUAAAAGGAAAGCCACCACUACUUGACUCCACUAGAGCCAGCUCUCAGGCCUCUGUGGAGCAUGGUCUGCAGGCACUGCUCUAGGCACCAGUGCACUGUAUGCAUCUGCUGAAGGGAAAGCUCCAGACAAGUGUGCUUGGCUGGGCAAGGAGAGCUGCAGCAGUUUGGCAGGGGGCAGCUGUAGUGUUACCAGUACACAUCCAGAACCACCACAACACAACGUUGCUCAGAUCCACCUCCUUAACUCAUCACUUUCUUUCCUACUUAGAGCUGACCCUCUCGGUCUCUUAGGUAGGCUGACUUGCUUCCUCCAAGCCAGAGGUCUAUGGUUAUGCUGUAGAAAUGGGGGAGCUACUGUUAGCUUCCAGUGGAAGCUGCUUUUGAUCUCCCUGCAGUAUCUGCAGGGGAGGGAAGGAACACUUUGAUUUGGAUAGAACAAGCUGCAGAGGAUGCAUCUUACUGCUGUACCUUUAGGGGGGGUCUGUCCCCGUUUUUAACUUGCAUCCUGAGUUUUCAUUCAACCCACUCAGACCAAAAGAAUGCCACUUGACUUGCUGAGUAGCAAAGACUCAUGGGACUGACUCUGGAGCAGGCAUGUUAGGGGUAUCUUCUACUAGGCUGCUGCUGGGUGUAAGCAGGCAGUGCUACACGUGCAGGGAUUUUGGGUUCUGUUCUCAAGAGGCUUGCCUGGGGGAAGAGACCUUGCCUGGUCCUCAAGUCACCCAUUACCCAAGGAACUGCUCAGAUGGUUCCUUAGCAUAUGCAGGUACAGCCCUCUUGGGGAAAACUAUCUAAAGCUUCUUGUGCCAUUUGGUUCAUAAAGGUGUUUCUACCCUCAAAAAGAAAGUUCUUUCCAGCUUCAUUGUUCUCUAUUCAGUUGAAGUGAAGGGGUAUGUACAUUCUUCCCUCUGCUAAUGGGACACUGCUGUAAGACCAUGCCCCCAGGUUGCACUUUAAUAAAUGGUACAGUUUUCAAAAACA